UUGGUUUCCAGGGUGACGUAAUCCCCCACGUACUUAAUUGUAACAUCCACUAAAAUAUACUAACCAAAUGGUCAAUUCAAAAAACUUUUAAAUGUGGAUGGACACAAAAUUAUGGCCCACGAGGAUUUACGCGUGGAAUGGAUCCGACAUCGAGUUCGUGCGUGUUUGAAUUUAUCAGACAACAAAUGUUUCGACGAACUUCUGAGUGGUAAAGAUGGCGAAGAGGAGGACAAACUUAUGAGCUUCUUAAAUGUCGUCUCGGAAGAAAACGCCACAUCGUGUCUGAUGUUUAUGAAAGGUGUUCGCGAGGAGGAAAUUGGAAUUAAAAUUCCACUCGAAAAAAACAACUCCGUUGACUCCAUGGAUUAUCAAGAGGAUACAGAGACCCAAAUCGGAAGAGAGUCCAAUUUAGACCGAAUUGAGCAAACUUUCAAUCACAGGAUUCAACUGGUCUAUCACACUGAGCUGCACAUGGCAAUAGACACAGUGCCAAAACUAUUUCGCAAAUCUCGAGUCUUAUAUUUCCUCAGGAACACCAAACAGGCCAUUGUAGAACCACAUGACAUGGCUGAGGCCAGUAAAUUGAUGCCCAGAUUCUUGGAGACCGGUCUGCAUAAUGGACACAAUAUGCAAAUCCUGCAGAAAAAACUGGUUCAUAUCUAUAUUCCAUUAAUUACUGCCCACCAGAUGAAGAAAACUAAUGCAUGCCAUCAGGCAGAUGCAGGUUCUCCUCGUCAGACGUCCAGUAAGGAGACUCCAACCAAGCCAAGUGACUUGCAACCACCCAUUCGUAAUGAGUUACUCAACGGCACGCACAAGUUUUUGGGAGUGGUCAACUCAACUGUUCAACAGCUUAAAACUCAAGAUGACAUUGCUCUGCACAUUCCUGACUUGGACCUGGAGCCUGAGGUCAGUGACCUGUUGAACGAUACAGAGCUGGUAGAGAAACUGGAGCAGUGUGUGAUGAACUGGCAGACAGAGAUUACUGUUGUUAUUGAGGAGCAAGAAAACAAGAAGCCACAGACACCCAGUCCAAUGGCAGAGAUUGUUUUUUGGCAGGAGCGUGCUUCCAUUCUGAGUGCUCUUAGAACGAAGCUUAAUCAACCAGUUGUGAAAAAGAUUUUGCUGGUAUUGACCAAAGCUCAUGCAGUUGUGAUUCCCUUAAUAGAGGCUACAGUCACUAAACUUAUUAAAUAUUGUUUGGAGGCAGACGAAAACGUACGCUUCCUCAAAACACUGGAAAGACAUUUCAAGAAUCUGGCUACAGGAACAAACUUCAAUGUGGUUCUGGAGACCAUCCCACCUCUGAUGAACAGCCUACAAGUUGUGUGGUUAAUAUCUUGCCACUACAACAGGGAUGAACGCAUGGUCCCUCUGAUGGAGCGUAUUGUUUGGCAGCUGUGUGAGCGUGUAGCUCAAGUCAUUGAUCUCAAUGUGCUUUUCAAGGACGAGAAAGAAGUUGCCAUAUCUAAGGUAGAUGAGGCCAAGAAAGUUCUUGAAUUAUGGAAGGGUUCCUACUUUGAAGUGCGUGCUGAAAUUGACCAAGGUGGCAAUGGGAAGCCUUGGGAGUUUGAUCGCAAAAGAUUAUUUGAGAAAACAGACUACAUGGCUUCCAUCUGCCAGGACUUGCACUGUGUUUUACAGAAUUUGGAAGAGUUUCACAACAUCUUCAGCCCAGAGUUAAAAAGUGUGACCUGGGACCCAAAACGUUUUGAUGAAAUGCUGACCAACGUGGACAACCUGAUUUUACCUUUUGAAGCAGCACAUUUUGAUCCUUUCGAUAGCUGCAAGAUGAGCAGUUGGAAAAUCAUCAUGCAGAACUUCAAUAGUAGUGUUCAUGCUAUUGAGAGAGAGGUAAUUGCUUUCAUUGACCAGUCCUUUAAGACACUACGCUCUUCAACUGCUGCUUUUGAAAUGCUUGUGAAAUACAAAGAUAUUCGCUCCAGACCAGCCAUCAAUAAUCAUUUGAUGAAAAAGACCAAUGAAGUUCUGGCUCAGUAUUGCAAAGAGGUGGAAAGUAUAAAUGAAGUUUUUGAGCAAAAUAGAGACAAACCACACAUAAAUAAGCGUGAUCCCCCCGUGGCAGGAAGCAUCAGGUGGACUCAUUUACUUUUUCACCGCAUAAAAGAUGGCAUACUUCCUCUCCUCAAAAUGCCUGAGUUACUGCAGAGUGAAAUGGGCAAAGUGGCAAAAAGCAAGUACUUGGAAAUGGCAAAAAAAAUGAGCGACUAUGGGGUUAAGAAAUAUAAGUCAUGGAUCGCUGAAACUGAACGGAACUUGCCAUUGUUACUGAAAAAACCCAUUCUGGUCAUCGUUUCAAAGGAACACCAAGCAGAGCUGGUUGACCCAGCCAGGCCUGAAAUAGACUCACAAAAGGAUCAAAUAUAUCGUGUAAACUUUCCGCCAGAAAUCAUGACAAUAAUUAGUGAGACAAAAAACUUGAUUUCAAUGUCCUUUUCUGUGCCUGAGGUUGCUCAAAACGUUACUCUGCAGGAGUCUAACUUUUUAAGGUACACUGAUGAUCUCCACAAGCUUGUCAACCGCUACAACUCUGCAGUCAAUAGUCUUAGUGAUGCAAAGAUCACUAUGCUGUCACACAACAUCAAAAGAGUUGAGACGAUGUUGUUUCCUGGAUAUAAAAGACUCAAUUGGAACUCCUUAGCCGUUGGAGAUUUCAUCAAUGAUGGAAUUCAGGAGCUCUCAAAGUUUGAGUCAACUGUCAAUCAAAUACAGCACAAUGAAACAGAUAUUGAAAACAAACUGCAAUGCAUACAGGUGGCAGAUCUACUGAAAUGCCCAGCUCCAGAUAAAACAGACCUUUUACCAAGUAUCAAAGAGUUUUACAAAUGUAUUGAUCAAGAGCGCAUCAAGAUAGUGAAUUUGUUGAGAAGCAAAUAUGCUGACAUUGGACCAAUCAUUAUCAAGGUGGAGCAUUUGAUCAUGGAAACUAACACUGGCAAGUCCCACAGUAUGUCGUGUUAUUACACAUACUGGGAACACAAGGUGCACGAUGCCCUCGUAAACAUGGUGUUGAGGAACAUCAAAGCUUUCGAUGCUGUCCUUAUGGGUAGCAAACCUCUCUUCCGUAUUGACGCCAUCCUUUCUGCACCUAAGAUUUUGGUGCAGCCCAAAAUUAAUGAGAUCUACCUGCUGCUCUUGCAAUGUGUCAAAGAUUGUGUCGAAAGCACCAAAGAGUUUGUACGUUGGAUGAACGGGACCUGCAUUGAGUGCCCUCCACAACACAUAGAUGGUGAUGACCUGGUGACAUUUAGCUUCUAUGAUGAAGUGUGUCAAAAUCCCCAGGUUAAUGAUUGUGCCCUUGCCGUGUCCCAGAACAUCCAGGAUUUGCUGCUUUCUGUUGACCAGUUUCUUUACCAUUGGAAACAAUACCAGCCUCUUUGGGAAAGGGAUAGUGCCACAGUCUGUGAAAAGUUUGCUGCUAAAAACCCAUCAUGUGCUAUGUAUGAUCAAAAGCUACAGUUCUAUUCUCAUAUAAAUCAAAAAGUGGUAAUGGAGCCUCUUUUUAAGAAUGUGCACGUUAUCCAACUAAACCUGGAGCCACUGGGCCGAUCUGUGCAAGAGAUUGCCCAGUCCUGGAUUUAUUCGCUGGGCAGUUUCCUCAACAAAUCAGCCAAAGAGGAACUCUUAAACUUAAACGAUGAACUCAUGCAUUUCUCUGAGAAGCUUCAACAGAGUCCUGACACAUUUGAGAACUUGAAGAAUGUCCUUGGGACCAUCUCAGAUAUUAGAGACAUGUCUUUAAAUGUGGAGUUGAGCAUUCUGAAUAUCCAGGAAAGAUACAGAACUCUAGAAGUGUACAACGUGGAGGUUGAAAAAGAUGAACUGAAACUAAAGGAAAAUAUUAGGCAAAUUUGGAGUAACUUGUUUGCCAAAUCCAGACAUGUGGAUCAGCGUUUGACAAAUGUCAAAAUAUCAUUUACAGAGACUACCAAAGUGAUGACUGAAGAAUUCAAGGAGGAAUUGUGCAUCUUUGUCGAAAGCUUCAACAUGCACGGUCCAGGAGCUGUAGGAGAUGAUUUAGAUAAAGGACUUUCAAUUAUGGAGUCAUAUGAAGCAGAGCUUGCCAAAAUGGUGGAGGGACGGCAAGAGUUAGCCAAUGCUGAAAGGCUAUUAGACCUACCUGUCACUGUGUACCCUGAGAUUGUGAGCCUACAAAAGGAUAUGGAUGGCUUCAGGAAGAUUUAUGACAUCUAUCAAAAGCAAAAGGCUGCAAAGGAUGUGUGGUCUCAUACACUGUGGGUAGACUUAGAUAUCGGCAUGCUCCAGGAUGGUGUUGAAGGUUUUGUCAAAGAUUUAAGGAAGUUGCCCAAAGAUGUGCGUGCACUGCCAGUGGCCUGCUUUGUCGAAGGCAGAAUGAAAGAAUUUAGAGAUUCCCUUCCUCUUCUGCUGGACCUGAAGAAUGAAGCCCUCAGAGAAAGACACUGGAAGGAAUUAAUGAAAAUGACUGGAACUAGUUUUGAUAUGAACCCCAGCAGCUUCACUCUGGAGAACAUGUUUGCAAUGGAGCUUCAUAAGUAUGCUGAUGUCAUAGGUGAAAUUGUGACCUCAGCUGUAAAAGAGCUUGGUAUUGAAAAGGGUGUGAAGGAAGUGGUGGAAACUUGGGAAAACAUGAACUUCACCAUACAGCCCUACAGUAAAGGAGCCCAGCAGGAGUGCUCUGUUUUGGGUGCAGUGGAUGAGAUAUUGUUGAGUGUGGACAAUGAUUCUAUGAAUUUGCAGAGCAUGGCGGGAAGUCGUUUUGUUGGACCUUUCUUAAGCACCAUACAACAAUGGGAGAAAAACCUGUCCCUUAUCAGUGAGACUAUAGAGGUUUGGUUGCUGGUACAACGGAAAUGGAUGUACCUGGAGAGCAUCUUCAUUGGUGGAGAUAUUUCCUCACAGUUACCAGAGGAAGCCAAAAAAUUUGAAAACAUUGAUAAAAGGUUCAAAGAUACAAUGAAUGAUGCUCAUGACAACCCAAACAUUAAGCGCUGUUGCCUGGUUCCCAACCGGCUGAAAGACCUGCAGACUCUAAGCGAGAACCUAGAGAGGUGCCAAAAGAGUCUCAAUGACUACUUGGAUUCUAAGCGGCAUUCUUUCCCACGCUUUUUCUUCAUCUCUGAUGAUGAAUUACUCAGCAUUCUGGGCAGUAGUUAUCAUGAUUGUGUACAGGAGCAUAUUAUAAAGAUGUAUGACAACAUUGCAUCCCUGCGGUUUGAUGCUGAGAGCGGUGGGGAUACUUCAGCUGGAGCCAUGGUGUCUGCUGAGGGUGAGGUGAUGGAGUUUAUAAAGGCAGUCCCAGUCAAAGGAAGGGUGGAGGAAUGGAUGACAGGAGUCUUAAAUGAGAUGAGGAAAACUAAUCGACUCAUCACUAAGGAAGCAAUAUUUAGCUACUGUGAGGACAGAGGCAGAGUGGACUGGAUGUUCCUAUUCCAUGGCAUGGUAGUACUGGCAGCGACUCAAGUGUGGUGGUCAUGGGAGGUGGAGGAUGUCUUCAACAACUUGAAAAAAGGAGAAAAAUAUGCUCUGAAGAACUACGCAACCAAAAUGCACAAGCAGAUUGAUGAGUUGGUAACACAUAUAACGCAACCUAUGAAGAAAAAUGACAGACGGAAGAUUAACACUGUCCUUAUCAUAGACGUCCAUGCAAGAGACAUUGUAGACAGUUUUGUGUUGAACAGUAUAACUGUCGCAAAGGAGUUUGAGUGGGAAAGCCAACUGAGAUUCUAUUGGGUGCAUGAAGAAGACAAUCUAGUUGUGCGUCAGUGCACUGCAUUUUUUUCCUACGGCUAUGAAUACAUGGGCUUGAACGGUAGAUUGGUGAUAACGCCUCUUACUGACCGCAUAUACCUCACAAUCACACAGGCUCUCUCCAUGUUCCUGGGUGGGGCGCCUGCUGGACCAGCCGGUACUGGAAAGACAGAGUCCACCAAAGAUCUGGCCAAGGCUUUGGGCCUGCUCUGUGUGGUUACUAAUUGUGGUGAAGGCAUGGAUUACAUGGCUGUGGGGAAGAUCCUCUCUGGCUUGGCCCAGUGUGGAGCUUGGGGCUGCUUUGAUGAAUUCAACCGUAUUGAUGCCUCAGUCCUUUCAGUUAUCUCCUCUCAAAUCCAAACCAUCCGCAAUGCUCUUAUUUUGCAUCUUAAAGUCUUCAAUUUUGAAGGUUAUGAGAUUACCCUGGAUAGCCGAAUUGGCAUCUUCAUCACUAUGAACCCAGGCUAUGCAGGGCGUACAGAGCUGCCUGAAUCGGUCAAAGCUCUGUUCAGGCCUGUGGUAGUGAUCGUGCCCGACUUGCAGCAGAUAUGUGAGAUCAUGCUUUUCUCCGAGGGCUUCCUAAUGGCAAAGGUCCUUGCAAAGAAGAUGACAGUCCUCUAUAAGUUAGCAAGAGAGCAGCUGUCCAAACGGUCUCAUUAUGACUUUGGCUUGCGAGCCCUAAAGUCUGUCCUAGUGAUGGCAGGAGAACUCAAGAGAGGUUCACCAGACCUUCCUGAGGAUGUGGUGUUGAUGCGUGCCUUGAGGGAUAUGAACCUUCCUAAAUUUGUGUUUGAGGAUGUGCCUCUGUUCCUCGGGUUGAUCUCGGACCUGUUUCCUGGCCUAGAAUGCCCUCGGGUUCGCUAUUCUGACUUUAAUGAUGCUGUCGAAGAGACCCUGCAAGAGAACAACUACAUGAUACUGCCUAUCCAGGUGGAUAAAGUGGUGCAGAUGUAUGAAACAAUGAUGACCCGACACACUACAAUGAUAGUUGGCCCAACAAGCGGAGGGAAAUCUGUUGUCAUCAGCACGUUAUGUCAGGCUCAAACCAAAUUGGGACUGCACACCAGAUUGUAUCCCCUAAACCCCAAAGCUGUGAGUGUCAUUGAACUCUAUGGUAUUCUGGAUCCUGACACUCGAGACUGGACUGAUGGGGUCUUAUCCAAUAUUUUUCGUGACAUCAAUAAGCCCACUGAAAAAAAAGAGAGAAGGUACAUCCUGUUUGAUGGUGAUGUGGACGCCUUGUGGGUGGAAAACAUGAACUCUGUAAUGGAUGACAACAAGCUUCUCACUCUGGCUAAUGGAGAACGCAUCCGUUUGCAGAAUCACUGUGCCAUGCUGUUUGAGGUUGGAGAUCUGCAGUAUGCUUCACCGGCUACAAUCUCUCGCUGUGGAAUGGUUUAUGUGGACCCCAAAAACCUGCGAUACACCCCUUAUUGGAAGAAAUGGUUGAAAAACAAAUCUCCCAAAGAACAAGAAGUGCUAGACAAGCUGUUCAAAAAAUAUGUGCACAGCUUAAUAGACAUGAUUGUGGAAGGUAUUGUAGAUGGGAGACAGGGCCAGAAGCUGAAGACAGUUGUACCUCGGACAGAUCUUAAUAUGGUUUCCCAGCUGUGCAUAAUUCUUGAUGCCCUCCUUGAAACUGAGAACCAAAGUGAUGCAAUUGUUGAGUGUCACUUCCUGGAAGCUCUGUACCUCUCUCUAGGGGCUACGUUGGUGGACGAUGGAAGGGACAAGUUUGAUGAGUUCAUCAAAAAACUUUCUGGCUUAAUCAAUGUGAAUGACGACAAAGCGCUGGUUGGACCUGGUGAGAUCCCAGGUUACCUGCCCACUCUCUUUGAUUUUCAUUUUGAUGGAUCACAGCAGAAGUGGGUUCCCUGGAGUUAUCUGGUCGCCAAAUACAUCCACAACACCGAAGUGAAGUUUGCUGAAAUUCUUGUCCCAACUGUGGAUACCACAAGAACUAAUUGGAUCCUGGAACAGAUGAUGAAAACAAAGAAGUCUGUGCUUUUUGUUGGAGACCCAGGCACCUCCAAAACAGCCACCAUUCAUAACUUUCUGAGGAACCAAAAUGCAGAUACAAAUAUUACUUUGACCAUCAACCUUUCAUCCAGGACAACUUCAAUGGAUCUUCAGAGGAACUUGGAGGCCAAUGUAGAGAAACGAACCAAAGAGAUCUAUGGUCCUCCAGUGGGAAAAAGACUGCUGGUCUUUAUAGAUGACAUGAAUAUGCCAAAGGUGGAUAGCUAUGGCACACAGCAGCCUAUUGCACUGCUGAAGCUCUUAUUGGACCGAGGAGGUAUUUAUGACCGCGGCAAGGAGCUCACCUACAAAAUCCUCAAGGAACUUGGCUUCAUUGCUGCCAUGGGGAAGGCAGGAGGUGGAAGGAACCAGGUGGACACACGCUUUGUUUCAAUCUUCAACGUCUUCAGCAUCCCUUUCCCCACGGUUGAGGCUCUAAACCUUAUCUAUGGUUCCAUUAUCAAAGGCCACACCAAAAACUUUGAGGAUGUGGUGCAGAAGAUUUGGGAUGAAGUCACCUUCUGCACACUGGAACUGUACAACAGCCUUGUCAAAGAUCUUCCACCUACUCCAGCAAAGUUCCACUACAUCUUUAACCUGCGAGAUCUAUCAAGGGUCUACAAUGGACUCACCCUCACUAAGCCUGACCGGUUUUCAACAGUCUCUAUGUUUGUGCGAGUCUGGAGAAAUGAGUGUCUGAGGAUAUUCCACGAUAGACUCAUCGAUGAGAAAGACAAGAACUUGGUUCAGGGCCUUAUAAAGAAUUUAGUUGAAGAGCAUUUCAAGGCCAACAUGGAUGAUGUUAUGAGAGAUCCACUUCUUUUUGGAGACUACAGGACAGCCUUGAGUGAAACUGAACCAAGAGUCUAUGAGGACUUGCAGGACUAUGAAGCCUCUAAAGCCUUGUUUCAGGAGAUUUUAGAGGAAUACAACGAUAAAAAGUCGAGGAUGAACCUUGUCCUGUUUGAUGAUGCCCUGGAACAUCUGACCCGUGUGCACCGUAUCCUCCGCAUAGAUCGCGGUCAUGCGCUGCUUGUGGGUGUGGGAGGCUCAGGCAAGCAGUCCAUCGCUAAGCUGGCUGCCUUCACUGCUGACUGUGAGGUGUUUGAGAUAACAUUGAGCAGAGGAUAUUGCGAAUCACACUUUCGUGAAGACUUGAAAACAUUGUAUUUGAAACUGGGCAUCGAAGAUAAGAAGACUGUGUUUCUCUUCACUGAUGCUCAUGUCGCUGUGGAAGGUUUUUUGGAACUCAUCAAUAACAUGCUUACGUCAGGCAUUGUUCCUGCAUUGUUUCCUGAUGAUGAGAAAGAGUCUGUUCUCAAUCAGCUUCGUGACGAAGCCCUUAAAAACGGUUCAGGUCCUUCUAAAGACAGUGUGUGGCAGUAUUUUGUCAAUAAAUGUGCAAGCAAUCUGCACAUUGUAUUAGGCAUGUCUCCUGUGGGCGACACCCUGAGGACACGGUGCAGAAACUUUCCAGGACUGAUGAACAACACUGUUAUAGACUGGUUCUUGCCUUGGCCUCCACAGGCGCUACUUGCUGUAGCUGAGUCUUUCCUUGGUGAAAAUGAAAUCAUUCCUCAGGAAUACGCUCACGCUGUUAUAGAGCAUGUCUGCGUGGUACAUCAAUCUGUGGGAGACUACAGCAUACUGUUUCUGCAGAAACUUAGACGUGCUAACUAUGUUACUCCAAAGAACUACUUGGACUUUAUUAGCACUUAUUCGAGCCUCCUGCAGGAAAAGGACGAGUAUAUUCUGGCACAGUGCAAACGCCUCGAAGGGGGGUUGGAUAAGUUGAAGGAAGCCAGUGUGCAGCUGGAUGAGUUAAAUAUCAAACUGGCAGAACAGAAGGUGGUCCUCGCUGAAAAGUCAUCAGCUUGUGAGAUCAUGCUGAAGGAGAUUGCCUCCAACACAACUGUGGCUGAGGAGAAGAAAAUGCUGGCAGAAGAAAAAGCCAAAGAGAUUGAGGAGCAAAACAAAGUGAUUGCUGUUGAGAAGGUAGAUGCAGAAACUUCCCUGGCUGAAGCUCUGCCACAGUUGGAAGCAGCUCGGAUUGCCUUGCAAGACCUCGAUAAAUCUGAUGUCACUGAGAUCAGAUCCUUUGCAAAGCCACCCAAGCAAGUGCAGGUGGUGUGUGAGUGUAUCCUCGUGCUGUGUAAAAAAAAGGAAAUCAACUGGCAAGCCGCUAAGGCGAUGAUGUCAGAUCCUGGUUUCUUGCGUUCCCUAAUGGAAAUGGACUGUGAUGCCAUAGGUCCCAACCAGGUGAAGACCAUCAAAGGCUUCCUGAAAAACCUUGGGACCUCCCUUGAGGAGAUGCAAUCCAUCAGCAAGGCGGGCUCAGGAAUGUUCAAAUUUGUUGAGGCUGUAGUUGGUUAUUGCGAAGUUGCUAGGGAGAUAAAGCCCAAAAGAGACAAAGUGGCGCGUCUCGAAAAUAACUUCUUUCAGAGUAAGAAGGAGUUGGAGCUCAUUCAGACUGAGCUUAAUGACAUCCAGAGGGAGCUAAAGGCUCUGGGGGAAAAAUAUGAAACUGCUAUUGCAGAGAAACAGAAACUUCAAGAGGAGGCUGAGCUCAUGGAGAGGAGACUGAUAGCUGCUGACAAACUUAUCUCUGGUCUGAGCUCUGAGAACGUGAGGUGGACACAGGACUUAGAGGAGCUAAAGCAACGCCGUGUGCGUCUCCUGGGUGACUGUCUGAUCUCUUCAGCUUUCCUGAGCUACGAGGGAGCCUUCAGCUGGGAUUUUAGAAAUGAGAUGGUGUACGAAACAUGGGUUGAGGAUGUGCAGAAUAGAGGCAUUCCCUUGAGCCAGCCUUUCAAAGUGGACAAUCUGUUAACUGAUGAGGUGGAAAUCAGCAAGUGGGGGUCAGAGGGUUUGCCUCCAGAUGAGCUAUCAGUGCAGAAUGGAAUCCUCACAACAAGAGGCAGCAGAUUCCCCAUGUGUAUCGACCCUCAACAACAAGCUCUCAACUGGAUUAAAAAGAAGGAGGCACGCAAUAACCUUAAGAUCUCUUCUUUCAAUGAUCCAGACUUCCUGAAACAGCUGGAGAUGGCCAUUAAAUAUGGAUUGCCCUUCCUUUUUCAAGAUGUAGAUGAGUACAUAGACCCUGUCAUUGACAAUGUCCUGGAGAAAAAUCUGAAAGGAGCAGAAGGCAGGCAGGUCAUUAUGCUGGGUGACAAAGAGGUGGACUAUGAUCCUAACUUUAAGCUUUACCUCAACACAAAACUGGGAAACCCCAAAUUUUCCCCAUCUGUGUUUGGAAGAGCUAUGGUUAUCAAUUAUACUGUAACCCUUAAGGGUCUGGAGGACCAAUUGCUCAGUGUAAUAAUGGGAUUUGAGAAGAAGGAGCUGGAGGAGCAGCGUGAGUUUUUGAUCCAAGAGACAAGUGACAAUAAGAAGCUGCUGAAGAACCUUGGUGACACACUGCUCAGGGAACUGGCCACGUCCACAGGCAACAUGUUGGAUAACACUGAGCUAGUCUACACGUUAGAGGAAACUAAGUCCAAAUCUAGUGAGGUGUUUGAGAAAUUGAAGUUGGCUGUGAUGACAUCAGUGGAUAUUGAUGUGCUCAGAAAUGGGUACCGGCCAGCUGCCAAGCGUGGUGCUAUUUUGUUCUUUGCACUGACAGAAAUGGCUCUGGUAAACAGCAUGUACCAGUAUUCUCUCGCCUCCUAUCUGGAAGUCUUUGACUUUUCCCUGCGUAAAUCUGAGCCUGAUUCUGUCUUGCCACAAAGACUGACUAACAUUAUGAACAGCCUGACAUACAAUGUUUACAAUUAUGGGUGCUCAGGUCUAUUUGAAAAACACAAGCUGAUCUUUUCUUUCAACAUGACGAUCAAGAUUGAACAGGCGGAAGGUCGUGUACCUCAGGAGGAGUUGGAGUUUUUCAUCAAAGGUAAUCUGUCAUUGGAAAAGACUUCACGUCAAAAGACUUGUAAUUGGCUACCUGAUGCUGGCUGGGAAGAUGUAGUAAAACUGUCAGAGCUUUUUCCUGAGCAGUUUGGUUCUCUACCUGAUGAUGUCAGCAGGAAUUCCGCAGAGUGGCAAUCGUGGUAUGACUUGGAUGCACCAGAACAGGCACUACUGCCUAUGAAAUAUGACAAAAAACUGACAGUCUUUCAGAAACUGCUCCUGCUGCGUUGUUUUCGCAUUGAUAGAGUCUACAGAGCAAUCACAGACUACGUCACUAUCACCAUGGGUGACAGAUAUGUGCAACCUCCUGUGAUCAGUUUUGAUACAAUUUAUGAGCAGAGCACUCCAUGUUCCCCUAUUGUCUUCAUCCUGAGCCCUGGCUCUGACCCAGCCAGUGACCUGAUGAAACUGGCAGAAAGGACUGGCUUGGGAGGCAAGUUCAAACUCCUCGCGAUGGGCCAAGGACAGGAGAAGGUUGCACUACACUUGCUGGAGGUGGCAGCGGCCCGUGGUCAGUGGUUGAUGCUACAGAACUGCCACCUGCUGGUGAAGUGGCUGAAAGAUUUGGAGAAAUGCUUAGAGAUGAUCACCAAGCCCCACCCAAACUUUCGUCUUUGGGUGACAACCAACCCUAUUGACAACUUUCCAAUAGGCAUCCUUCAAAAGUCUCUCAAGGUGGUGACUGAGCCUCCAAAUGGUCUGAAGCUAAACAUGAGAGCCACCUAUUCUAAGAUAUCAAGUGACAUUAUCACUGCGUGCCCGCACUUGGCCUUCCGCAGCCUGGUGUAUGUGCUGUCCUUCUUCCACGCCGUGGUGCAAGAGCGGCGCAAGUAUGGCAAGAUUGGCUGGAAUGUCCCCUACGAUUUCAGCGAGUCGGACUUCUUGGUGUGUUUAGAGAUUUUGAACACCUACCUGACCAAAGCUCACACGCAACAAGACAGCAACAUUCCCUGGGGGAGUAUUAAAUACCUUAUUGGCGAGGUGAUGUACGGUGGACGGGUCAUAGAUAGCUUUGACCGCAGGAUCUUGACUGUCUACAUGGAUGAGUACUUUGGAGACUUCCUCUUUUACGACUUUUGCCACUUUCACUUCUUCAAAAACAACGAUGUAGACUACAAGGUUCCUCCGAAUGGACCCAGGACAAUAUAUAUUGAUGAGAUCGAGUCCCUGCCGUUGGCAAACACGCCUGAGGUGAUGGGUCUCCAUUCCAAUGCAGAGAUAGGGUACUACACACAGGCAGCUAAAGACAUGUGGUUGAAUUUAAUUGAACUGCAGCCUCAGACCGGUGAGUCUGGUGGAAGCAUCAGCAGGGACGAGUACAUCACUCAGGUGGCCCAGGACAUCCAGAACAAGCUGCCUGCAAAAUUUGAUCUGGAUGUUAUCUGUAAGAAGUUUGGCACUGAGGUCUCCCCAACCUCAGUGGUCUUGCUUCAAGAACUGGAGCGCUUUAACACGCUAGUGGCCCGCAUGAAGCGAUCUCUGGCUGAGCUGCAGAGGGCCUUGGUCGGCGAGGUGGGCAUGAGCAGUGAGCUGGAUGAAGUUGCUCGAGCUCUUUUUAAUGGCCAGAUCCCUGCUAUUUGGAAGAAGUUGGCACCUGACACGCUCAAGUCCCUGGGCAAAUGGAUGAUUCAUUUCAAGAGACGAUUUGAGCAGUAUCGCCUCUGGGUGGACGAUACAGAGCCAAAGGUCAUAUGGCUAUCAGGACUCCACAUCCCAGAGUCCUACCUCACGGCUCUGGUCCAAGCGGCAUGCCGACAAAAUGGCUGGCCUCUAGAUCUUUCCACACUUUACACUGAGGUGACUCGAUUUUGUGAUGAGAACGAAGUCACUGAAAGACCUUCACAGGGCUGUUUUGUGUCUGGUUUGUACCUGGAGGGAGCAGAUUGGGACAUGGAGAGGGACUGCCUGGUGAAGAGUAAACCUAAAGUUCUUGAAGUUCAGCUGCCCAUUCUCAGAGUCAUCCCCAUAGAGACACGCCGUCUCAGGUUACAGAAAACACUGCGGACCCCAGUGUACACCACAUCUUUACGCAGGAAUGCAAUGGGGGUGGGUUUGGUUUUUGAGGCGGACCUGUUCACCUCCGAGCACCUCUCCCACUGGGUGCUCCAGGGCGUAUGUUUAUCCCUCAAUAGUGACUAAAUACAUUUUUGAGAAACAUUUAUUUUCUCUCCUCACGACUCCCCAAGGCAUGCAAGUCACGGGUAAUUCAAAUUUCUUAAUGAAUGACAAAAUGCUUUCCUACAAUCUGGAUUAAACUCACACAGUCACCUGCACACAAAAAAACUAAUUUUGAUUUCAUUGACAGUGUCAACUUUUACAUUGAAAUAUAAACAAUAUGUUUCAUGUUUAGGUUGUGGUUUGCAGAUGUUUAAAUUAGUCGUACUCCCCGUUGGACUCCUUGUUUUUCUGCAUCUUCACAUUCUACUUAAUUUCCUUUCAAUGCACCUGUUUUCUCUUAGUUAAUCACGUUUAUUUACCUGUUGCCAUUUGCCAGCGCUAGAUCAUUGCCUUUGUCAGUGUGCAUUAUUUUCUCUGCUGCCUUGUGUGCCUUGCACUAGUCUUUCGGACAAGUUUUGCUUCCUCUGUAAAGAAUCACUUUACCUGCACGUCACCUACUGUCUAGGUCAUGACAAACUCAACCAUGUGCAGCCGUGAUAAGAUUAAUAAUAAUAAUAGUAAUAAUAGAUUUGAUGUAGAAAUCCUGUUUUCAUAUGAGUUGGGAAAUUGUGUUAGAUGUAAAUAAAAACGGAAUACAAUGAUUUUCAAAUCAUUUUCAACCCAUAUUCAAUUGAAUAUGCUACAAAGACAACAUAUGUGAUGUUCAAACUGAUAAACAUUUUUGUUUUGCAAAUAAUCAUAAACUUUAGAAUUUGAUGCCAGCAACACAUGACAAAGAAGUUGGGAAAGGUCGCAAUAAAUACUGACAAAGUUGAGGAAUGCUCAUCAAACACUUAUUUGGAACAUCCCACAGGUGUGCAGGCUAAUUGGGAACAGGUGGAUGCCAUGAUUGGGUACAAAAACAGCUUCCCAAAAAAUGCUCAGUCUUUCACAAGAAAGGAUGGGGCAAGGUACACCCCUUUGUCCACAACUGCGUGAGCAAAUAGUCAAACAGUUUAAGAACAACGUUUCUCAAAGUGCAAUUGCAAGAAAUUUAGGGAUUUCAACAUCGACGGUCCAUAAUAUCAUCAAAAGGUUCAGAGAAUCUGGAGAAAUCACUCCACGUAAGCGGCAUGGCUGGAAACCAAUAUUGAAUGACCGUGACCUUCGAUCCCGCAGACGGCACUGUAUCAAAAACCGACAUCAAUCUCUAAAGGAUAUUACCACAUGGGCUCAGGAACACUUCAGAAAACCACUGUCACUAAAUACAGUUUGUCGCUACAUGUGUAAGUGCAAGUUAAAGCUGUACUAUGCAAAGCGAAAGCCAUUUAUCAACAACAUCCAGAAACGCCGCCGGCUUCUCUGGGCCCGAGAUCAUCUAUGAUGGACUGAUGCAAAUUGGAAAAGUGUUCUGUGGUCUAACGAGUCCACAUUUCAAAUUGUUUUUGGAAAUAUUCGACAUCGUGUCAUCCGGACCAAAGGGGAAGCGAACCAUCCAGACUGUCAUCGACGCAAAGUUCAAAAGCCAGCAUCUGUGAUGGUAUGGGGUUGCAUUAGUGCCCAAGGCAUGGGUAACUUACACAACUGUAAAGGCACCAAUAAUGCUGAAAGGUACAUACAGGUUUUGGAACAACAUAUGCUGCCAUCUAAGCGCCGUCUUUUUCAUGGACGCCCCUGCUUAUUUCAGCAAGACAAUGCCAAGCCACAUUCAGCACAUGUUACAACAGCGUGGCUUCGCAAAAAAAGACGGCGGGUACUUUCCUGGCCUGCCUGCAGUCCAGACAUGUCUCCCAUUGAAAAUGUGUGGCGCAUUAUUAAGCGUAAAAUACGACAGCGGAGACCCCGGACUGUUGAAGAACUGAAGUUCUACAUAAAACAAGAAUGGGAAAGAUUUCCACUUUCAAAGCUUCAACAAUUAGUUUCCUCAGUUCCCAAACGUUUGUUGAGUGUUGUUAAGAGAAAAAGUGAUGUAACACUGGUGAACAUGCCCUUUCCCAACUACUUUGGCCGAGUUGCAGCCAUGAAAUUGUAAGUGAAUUAUUAAUUGGAAAAAAUUAAAAGUUUACGAGUUUGAACAUCAAAUAUCUUGUCUUUGUAGUGCAUUCAAUUGAAUAUGGGUUGAAAAGGAUUUGCAAAUCAUUGUAUUUCGUUUAUAUUUACAUCUAACACAAUUUCCCAACUCAUAUGGGAACAGGGUUUGUAUAUAGCGCUUUUCUAGACACUCAAAGCGCUUCACAGAGAAGUUUGCUCCUACGACCACCACCAAUCAUUCAUCAUUCAUUCACCACGGGUUAAUUAAUAACAGGUUAUACUUGUCUGCAGAAUUUAAAUGUAUUUGAAUGUAAAUACAAUUUUAUUGUCAGAAUGUCACACAGGAAUAUUUUUUACCCAACGCAUCACUUUUCAGGUAACAUCCACGGUUAAAGUAAAAGAGCAUGUGCGGGCAAAAUAAAUUGUGUGAUUAGUCGGCAUGUAUACAUGAUUAGAUUAAUGCAAUAUUUUUUAUGAUUAAUCACAUGAGUUAACACGUUAUUUUUGACAACUCUUACUUGAAACUGUACUGUACCAUAAAGGUAGUUGUGUUUUUAACCUGUGGCCACAGGUCAUUCCCUCUAUCAGUUUUGUGGAUGUCUUCCUAUGUUUAGUGCCUAAUUUUUGUCCAGUGCUCCUAUUUUCUAGUUUUCACUUACUGUUUUUGGUCUCAGCAGCACCUUCACUUUGUUUGCCAGUGCAUCUUUUCUCACUAAGUAAUCUACUCUAUUUAGGUUCAGCUGUUGCUUCUAUUUUAAUUGGAACAUUGCUUUUGAAUGCUGACACUGGAUCUCAUGUGUCAUUCUAUAUAGGAUUUUGUAUUGUUUUGUAUUGCAUAGCACUCUCAUCUGCACGCGUCUUUUGUUUUUUUCGUAUAUUGAAUACAUGUCACCAUCAUCUCAAGUUGUAGCACAAUAAAACACAACAUGGAA